AUGGCCAAAGAACAACUUCAGGUGCUUAAUGCUCUUGAUGUGGCAAAAACACAAUGGUACCACUUUACUGCUAUUGUGAUUGCUGGAAUGGGCUUCUUCACUGAUGCCUAUGAUCUCUUCUGCAUCUCUUUAGUCACUAAAUUGCUGGGCAGAAUUUAUUACCAUGUGGAUGGAUCAUUAAAGCCAGGAUCUUUGCCUCCUAAUGUUUCUGCUGCUGUUAAUGGUGUUGCAUUUUGUGGAACACUUGCCGGGCAGUUGUUCUUCGGUUGGCUUGGUGAUAAAAUGGGAAGAAAAAGAGUUUAUGGGAUGACUCUGAUGCUUAUGGUAAUUGCCUCGAUUGCAUCAGGCCUGUCCUUUUCGGAUAAACCGAAAGCAGUUAUGGCUACUCUAUGUUUCUUCAGGUUCUGGUUAGGAUUCGGGAUCGGUGGCGAUUAUCCACUGUCUGCAACUAUCAUGUCUGAGUAUGCUAACAAGAAGACCAGGGGAGCUUUCAUUGCUGCUGUGUUUGCAAUGCAAGGUUUUGGGAUUCUGUCUGGUGGGAUGGUGGCGAUCAUUGUUUCGGCCGCAUUUAAGAAGGCAUUUCCUGCUCCUGCUUACAGAGACAAUGCCCUGGCGUCAACUGUCCCUGAAGCUGAUUACGUCUGGCGCCUGAUUCUGAUGUUUGGUGCCAUCCCAGCUGCUCUUACUUAUUAUUGGCGUAUGAAGAUGCCUGAAACUGCCCGUUACACGGCUUUGGUUGCGAAAAACGCGAAACAGGCUGCGAAUGAUAUGUCCAGGGUUUUGCAGGUUGAACUUGAAGCAGAACAGGAGAAAGUUGAGAAGCUUGCUCAGGAGCCUGGAAAUGAUUUUGGCCUGUUCUCUAAGCAGUUUCUGCAUCGCCACGGGCUUCAUCUGCUCGGGACUACUACCACAUGGUUCUUGUUGGAUAUCGCAUUUUACAGUCAGAAUUUGUUUCAAAAGGACAUAUUCAGUGCCAUUGGAUGGAUUCCAGAAGGCAAAACCAUGAAUGCACUUGAGGAGGUUUACAGAAUUGCGAGGGCUCAAACUCUUAUUGCUCUCUGCACCGAAAUUUUCCCUGCAAGGUUGAGGUCUACAUGCCAUGGUAUAUCAGCAGCUUCUGGGAAGGCAGGAGCAAUCAUUGGAGCCUUCGGGUUUCUGUACGCGGCUCAAUCCACAGAUCCAAAGAAAACUGAUGCUCACUAUCCUCCUGGAAUCGGUGUGAGGAAUUCCCUCAUUGUUUUAGGCUGUGUCAACUUUCUUGGAAUGUUGUUCACAUUCUUGGUGCCUGAAGCUAAGGGGAAAUCAUUGGAGGAGGUGGCCAGAGAGAAUGAUGAAGAAACUGAAUCCGCGACGGAGAUGAGGGUGCAAGGUGGAAAUGAAAAUAGAACAGUUCCAGUCUGA